AUGUUUCGUAAAUCUGUUUCCAUUGAUCUGGUGGAACCGAUUGUUUGUUUGCGAGGACAGCCUAAAGAUAAACAGACAAUCAAUAUUCUUCGUGGUGCAGUUAGAUUGCAAUUAUCGCACAGCAUGUUGAUUCACAUUAUUACUAUUCAGUUUGUGGGUGUAUCCAAGACGUUGUGGCCGGAAGCUUCCCAACAUUGGGAUAAACACAUUUUGGUAGAUUCCACUAUUCCCGUUUGCAAAAAUUCAGUACUACUCAAAAAAGGUACACAUUCAUUUCCAUUUGAGAUUCUGUUGUCCAAUGCACUCUCAGAAUCAAUUGAAUGCGGACUAGGUAAUGUUCGUUACAAACUCCUUUGCCAGGUGCAUGUGAAACCAAGGUUCAUAUUCAUCAAUAAAUCAAUCCUUCACACUCAGAGACCUGUUGUCUUGGUGCGAUUACCAACAUUGGAAAGUCAACAGCAGUGCAUUACUCAAACGCAUGUCAUAAAUGAUCGUGGUGGCCAGUUGACAUUAGUCAUUGAAAAGUCGCAUUUGAUUCCGGGCUCUCUGAUACCCAUUUCGUUCUAUUUUAGUUCUUCAUCUCAGGUAGUUGCAGUAGAACAGAUAGACGUAAAACUGAUUGAACGCCAAAAGUACAGAGCUCCCUCCAAACAAACAAACCGCGUUUUACAUCAUGAAAUCGCGCUGUCAUCGCCAUCAUCAGCGACACCACCAUGCUUUCUAGACAACGAGCUACGAUGUCUGUAUGCAGUACCCAGUAAACAAACUAUCCAAGUGCGUGCCUCCACAUCAUAUCCAAACAUUCGUGUUCGCCAUUGGAUUCAAAUAUACCUAAGGUUGGAAUUAAAAGACCAGUCUGUAAAGGACCUGCAGAUGGAUGCACCCAUCUCAGUCUUACUAGAAUCAGUGGACGACUAUUUGAAUCUACCUGUUUAUACCAGUAAAAGCAACUAUAGUAGUAGCAGUAAUGCACUACCUACAUCAGCAUCUAGUACAACCUCUUUCUCUUCCUCCGUAUGGCUGCAGAAAUUAUAUCCCAUCAAACAACAUGCUAAUGAUCCGCUAAAAGUGUACACAAAUCAAAAACACCAUUUGAUGAAGCUCAUCACUGCACCUCCGCCAUUGUAUGAAGAAAUUCUCGCGUAA